CCCUCCCCUUUCUCCUUUACAUCCUUCCUGCCACUGAUCACUUCUGUGGCUUUGUUUAGGAGGGAGAGGAAAAAAAGAGUCAGACUAGGACCCCAAAGUGCUUUCUCCUGGAGCCAGAGCACAAUCCCUAUUCCUUUUUCUGGGUAUUAACUCGGGACCAUGGCUGGUUCCUGCAGCUGUCUCCAGGACACACCCGGGGCAGGCAUUGCUCGCCUUCAGAGCCCGCUCUAAGUCUGAGCCCGCAGGGCGCAGAACCCGGAGCCCGUGCGCGGGGAAAGUGACAGGCAAACACUUACCCUGGUGGAGAUCGCUGCUGGCCUGCCUGCGAGGAGGCGGGAAGGGGACAGCCCUAACUCAGCCUCACUCACUGCCGUGGUAACCUGCCGCUAUGGAGUCCCCAACCAAGGAGAUUGAAGAAUUCGAGAGCAACUCUCUGAAAUACCUCCAACCGGAACAGAUCGAGAAAAUCUGGCUUCGGCUCCGAGGACUGAGGAAAUAUAAGAAAACAUCCCAGAGGUUACGAUCUUUGGUCAAACAAUUAGAGAGAGGGGAGGCCUCAGUGGUAGAUCUUAAGAAGAAUUUGGAAUAUGCAGCCACAGUGCUUGAGUCUGUAUACAUCGAUGAAACCAGGCGACUCCUGGAUACAGAAGAUGAGCUCAGCGACAUUCAGUCAGACGCUGUGCCCUCUGAGGUUCGAGACUGGCUGGCCUCUACCUUCACGCGGCAGAUGGGGAUGAUGCUCAGAAGGAGUGAAGAAAAGCCCAGGUUCAAGAGUAUCGUCCAUGCAGUGCAGGCUGGGAUAUUUGUGGAAAGAAUGUAUAGACGGACAUCAAACAUGGUUGGACUGAGCUACCCACCAGCUGUUAUUGAAGCAUUAAAGGAUGUGGACAAGUGGUCCUUUGAUGUCUUCUCCCUCAAUGAAGCCAGUGGGGAUCAUGCACUGAAAUUUAUCUUCUAUGAAUUACUCACACGCUAUGAUCUGAUCAGCCGUUUCAAGAUCCCCAUUUCUGCACUUGUCUCUUUUGUGGAAGCCCUGGAAGUAGGAUACAGCAAGCAUAAAAAUCCUUAUCAUAAUUUAAUGCAUGCUGCUGACGUUACACAGACUGUGCAUUACCUCCUUUACAAGACAGGAGUAGCGAACUGGCUGACAGAACUGGAGAUCUUUGCUAUAAUCUUCUCAGCUGCCAUCCAUGACUAUGAGCAUACCGGAACAACAAACAAUUUCCACAUUCAGACUCGGUCUGAUCCAGCUAUUCUAUACAAUGAUAGAUCUGUACUGGAAAAUCAUCAUUUAAGUGCAGCCUAUCGCCUUCUGCAAGAGGAUGAAGAAAUGAAUAUUUUGAUCAACCUCUCAAAGGAUGACUGGCGGGAGUUUCGAACCUUGGUAAUUGAGAUGGUGAUGGCCACGGAUAUGUCUUGUCAUUUCCAACAAAUCAAAGCCAUGAAGACUGCUCUACAGCAGCCAGAAGCAAUUGAAAAGCCAAAAGCCUUAUCCCUGAUGCUGCAUACAGCAGAUAUCAGCCACCCAGCAAAAGCAUGGGACCUCCAUCACCGCUGGACAAUGUCACUCCUAGAGGAGUUCUUCAGACAGGGCGACAGAGAAGCAGAACUGGGGCUGCCGUUUUCUCCUCUGUGUGACCGCAAGUCCACCAUGGUUGCUCAGUCACAAGUAGGUUUUAUUGAUUUCAUUGUGGAGCCCACCUUCACUGUGCUCACAGACAUGACUGAAAAGAUUGUGAGUCCAUUAAUUGAUGAGAGUUCCCAAACUGGUGGGACAGGACAGAGGCGUUCCAGUUUGAACAGCAUCAGCUCAUCAGACGCAAAGCGAUCAGGUGUCAAGAGCUCUGGUUCAGAAGGAAGUGCCCCAAUCAACAAUUCUGUCAUCCCUGUUGACUAUAAGAGCUUUAAAGCCACUUGGACCGAGGUGGUACACAUCAAUCGGGAGAGAUGGAGGGCCAAGGUGCCCAAAGAGGAGAAGGCCAAGAAGGAAGCAGAGGAAAAGGCUCGCCUGGCUGCAGAGGAGAAGCAAAAAGAAAUGGAAGCCAAAAGCCAGGCUGAGGAAGGUGCAUCUGGCAAAGCUGAGAAAAAGACAUCUGGCGAAGUUAAGAAUCAAGUCAAUGGAACACGCACAAGCAAAAGUGAAAACACUCGUGGGAAAAAUUCCAAAGCUGAGAAGUCCUCAGGAGAAAAGCAACAGAAUGGUGAGGUGAAAGAUGGUAAAAAUAAGGCGGACAAGAAGGAUCACUCCAAUGUCGGAAAUGAUUCAAAGAAAACAGAUGGCACAAAAAGGCGUUCUCAUGGCUCACCAGCCCCAAGCACUAGCUCCACAAGUCGACUUACCUUACCAGGAGACUACGGAUAAAACGUCUAUCCAGAGGAUUCUUCAGCAGAGACCUGACCAGUUCUGAGGUCUGAAGACAUUUUAGGAAGCUUGUUUUUGUUACAAAAUCAAAAUACACAUGUAUUGUAAGUUGUUAACUUCACAAUGAUAUCUUCAGAUCUUCCUAAUCCAGGUUUUUAACGGCAGAUACUUUCAUAUGUAUUACACACCUACAACAAUCAGGAACAAUGCAGUCUUAACAUGUGUUAUCUCAUUUAAUCCUCAUAACAAUCCUCUUAGGAAAGUACUAUUAUCUCCAUUUCACCAAAUAGGAAACUGAGGCACAGAUUUCUCCAAGUUAGCAGGUGGCAGGAAGCAAACCUGUGCUGUUUUCUGUGAGAUUCCUUUUCAGCAGAUUAAGGUUGAUGCUAAUUAGUCCAUGCUUUCUUUUGCAUUUGUAUUCUUCCUGGGGAGUAGAGCAAUACCCCACAUGCCAAUUCCAAGCACAUAAUUGGGGUAUGGAGAGACCCUGUGUUAUCUUUUAAGUGAAGAUUCAAUUGAGUGUUUUCUCUGCAAUGCUCUCAUUUGAACAUUCAAAUGAGUUCAUUUUUAGGAAUGGCUGUUGUCACUUAAUGUGACCUAGAUUGGGGCCUAUUUGUUAGCCCUUGAUUUACUGCUUCAGAGGUCUCUAACUCUGAAAAAAAAAAUUUAUUUUUACAGGCUCCUUCUGAAAUUGGUUACAGUCAGGGUGGACAAAGAACAUAGGUCUACCAAUUAGCCUUACAUUUCUAUGUUCAUAUGCACACUUGAAAAAAUGAACAUGUUGAUGAGAAAAAUCAAGUGAAAAAUUUAGCUUGCAUAAUCUCUAAACUAUUUUUCUCCAUUGAAAUGGCACGAAUCAUACACUUUGUAUGUGCUAGGGCAAACAAAAUGAAAACAAAGACCAUUAAAAAUGAACAUCUCCUUGAGGGAAGAAUUUCUUCUUCUUUUUUUAAUAUCCUUUCUCUGCAUUAAAUCAUAAGGUCAUAGGACAUUUGAUCGAUAGUUGUUGUUUGAAUAAGAAAAGAGCCAAUUUUAGAUUUUACAGCAUUACUUAGUUACCUAGCCUCUCUAGCCUAUUUAUCAGGGUAGAGAGGUACAGCUCUCAAGGCCUCCCCAUAUUAUGAGACUUGGAGAAGGCUGAUAUUUUAGCAUCUGUGUAAAACAAAGUCUUGCUCAGACAACAGACUUGAAACUCGAGAGAUAAGAGACUUGUUGACAUUCUUUUUAAGCAAAUGUGGACAGCAAAUCUAGGUAUCAAGAUGUUGUUGACGCAAGGGAGAAAUAUUAGGUUCUAUAGAUCCUAGUCAACUUUGCCAACUGGUGUAUUUUCUAGGUGAUUCAUUUAUUUUUUAAUAAAUUGGAGAUUUAUAAUAUACAGGUCGCUGAGUAUGAAGUAGAGUCGUUUUUUCACUCAUUAAAUAUUUCUCAAUGCCAACUGUUAUCAGUACUGUGAUUAAGCUGUGGGGAUACAAGUAUGUAUACAUCCUGUCCCUGUUCUAAGGAAGUUCCUAGGUAAGACUGAAUUAUCUAUGAGAUAAAGCACAAAGUUUCAAAAACACCAGAGAGUCUAUGGCUCAGGAAUGGCUUCCAAUGAAGGUGACUCAGAGAAUUUUGCUCAGCAUAAUGGAUCUGAAGUGUCUUAAGACUCUGAAGUGCCUGUGUCAUUUACCCAAUUACAUCAAAAUUAGAAUUCAGGGACUGAAAUGCCUUCCAUCCUGGUUGGUGGUCUAUGCCACACUUUCUGCUAAGAUUUCCAACACUCCUUUAUACUCUUUACAAGGCACUGUUUGAAGUGACUGUAUGGACCUCAUAUUUUUACAUUGCAUAAAUAAAUGAGAAGGUACACUACAUGUUCUUGCUUUGCUUAGAAUGCUACUUUGUUUCUUCAGAGUGGUUCCUUGAAGUAGCAGAAUGGAAUAUUUGUGAUUUUUGUGAAAAUAAUUACCCUUUAAUCAAUCCAAAUGGUGUUUUCUCUACCAAAUAUUCCCAGAUAUGUUCAUUAAGUUAAUAUCUUCAUUGCAUGGGAAGAUCUUUCACUGGUAAAAUCCAGUUAAGACUUUUCUAUACCAUAGACAAUCCUCCAGGGAGGGCACCAUUACAAGGCUCCCAUGAUGACCUUUUAUCUUUGUGUGCUUUGUAAUGAUGAUCAUCAUAUAUCAAAUACCUACAGCAUAUUGAGCACUAUACAAGGUGCCAUAUAUACAUUUUCUCAUUUAUAACCUCUUUAAAGUUCUCCCAACAAUGAUGCUAGGCAGUUACCAUUUUUCCAUUUUACAAAGGAAGAAAGAGGGUCAACAGGUGGCUGGAUCCCACAUGACCA